AUUAAAGUGAAAAACAGAAUGGUUGUAAGUGUAUUGAUGGACUAGGGAGUAAGACUAUGAAGACGGAAGUGACGUGUCAGAGUGAGGAUACUUAAGAGGGUACAUCCUGUUCCCCUCGUAGGGGGUAGGUUUAGAAUAUAAGGCUGUGAAGAUGGUAGGCAGAGAUGAGAUUAUAAAGAAACUUUCAUGCCACUGAGCUUACAUAUAGGCAGCAGAAUUGCUGAAGAAUAAGAGGAUGUGUAUUCAUUCAACAAAUUAUUAUUGACCAAAUAUUUAUUGAGUGGCUACUGUGUGCUAAGUACUGAGGAACAAAACAAAACAAAAAAAUUCCUGCCUUUGGGGAGUUAACUUUCUAAUGGGGAGGCAAUCAAAGUGAACACCUUCCAGAUUAUUAUAAUGAAUGACUUUUAAUCAUAGUGAAAUGGAAAACUGUGGAAGGAUUUGAGCAGAUGAAUAGCAUUAUUUGACUUACUCCAGCUGUUGUGUUGGGAAUAAACUGGACAACGGCAAAAGCAGGGACGUAAUUAAGAAGCAGUUGCAAUAAUCUAGACAAGAGAUAAUGGUGGUUUAGAGCAUAUGGUGGUCAUAGCAGUGGAGAGGUUAAAAAGUGGUCAGAUUCUGGAUCAUUUGAAAGUAGAACAAAUAGGAUUUGCUGACAGGAUGGAUGUGCUGUUUGAGGGGAAGAAGAGUAAGAUUUUUAGCCUGAGGAGCUGAAAGAAUGGAGUUGCCAUUAACUGAGAUGGCAAAGACUACAGGAAGAGGGUGAGAUCAGGAGCUAGGUGUUGCAUCUGUUAGGUUUGAGAUGCCUAUUAAACAUCAAAUAGAGACAUCUCAUAGGCAGUUGGAUAUACAGACCUGGAGUUCAUGGGAAUGGUUCUAACUAGAUCUGUGAAUUUGGGGAUUAAAUCAGCAUAUAGAUGAGGUUUAAAGCCAAGACUGACUGAGACUUGAUGUAAUCCCCAGAGAAGUGAGGUAGAACAAAGAGGGCAAAGGACAGAGCCCUGGGGCACUCCAGUGUUUAGAGGUUAGAAAAAGGAGCGGGAACCAGCAAAACAGACUGAUGGAGCAGCCAGAAAGGGAGAAGGAAAACCAGGAAAGAGUGAUGUGAAGCCAAGGGAAGAAAGUGUCAGAAGAGGGAGUCACCAGCUGUGCCAGACCCUGGGAGGGGUGGGGGCUAAAGGGAGGACUGAGAAUUGAUCAUUGGAUUCAGCAAGUCCAAGUCACUGGUGACCUUGACAAGAGCAGUAAGAGUGGAUUCGAGAAGAGAAAUCGAACACAGAAGUAUUGACGCUCUUUGAGUUUUCUUAUAAAAGGAAGGGAAGAAAUGCAUUGUAUUGAGAGGAGUAAGUGGAAUUGAGAAAGGAUUUUCUUUAAGAAAGGAGAAAUAAUAGCAUGUUUGCUGAUAGAAAGAUUCAGUAGAGAGGAAAACAUUAAUGAUGCAGGAUAAGGAAGGAGAGCAACAUUUAUAUGGAGCAGAGAUAGUUCAUCAAUGACUACAGGAAAGAAGAUAGAAUAUUUAGGCACAGAUGGAGAUAGGUGGGUCAGUUUGGAAGUUUGUUAAUAUUUUCUCUUUCUUAGUGAAAUAGGAAGCAAAGACAUCAGUUGAGAGGGAGGAUGGAGAAGGAAGCACUAGAGGUUUGAGAAGAGGCAGUAUGAAAUAAUUGGGAGGGUGAGAAAGUACAUGGAAUAAGGAAAUAGAGUGAGGGACAUAUUGAAAUAUGCUAGGCAGGGCUCCCCUGGUGGCGCAGUGGUUGAGAACCCGCCUGCCAAUGCAGGGGAUACGGGUUCGAGCCCUGGUCCCGGAGGAUCCCACAUGCCGCGGAGCAACUGGGCCCGUGCGCCACGACUGCUGAGCCUGCGCUCUAGAGCCCGCGAGCCACAACUACUGAGCCCACACACCACAACUACUGAAGCCUGUGUGCCGUAACUACUGAAGCCUUCGCGCCUAGAGCCUGUGCUCCGCAACAGGAGAGGCCACCGCAAUGGGAGGCCCGCAUACUGCAACGAGGGGAGGCCUGCGUACCACAAUGAGGCGUGGCCCCCGCUCACUGCAACUAGAGAGAGCCCAUGCGCAGCAACGAAGACGCAACACAGCCAAAAAUAAAUAAAUAAAAUAAAUUUAAUAAAUAAAUUAAAAAAAUAUAUAUGCUAGGCAGCAAAAUGAAGACACAGCGUCAGAGAGAGACUAACAGCAAGAAGGCCAUUGCAGUGGUCUAAGUGAGAUUUGAUGAGCUUCUGAAUCAAUUCAGGUACAAUAUUGGGCUCAUUAGCAUAUAGGUAGUAGUUCAAGCUUCAAGUAUGAAUAAAAUUGCCCAAAGAGAGCAGACUGACAAUAGCAAUGGAUAGAGGCCACUGGAAGACAAGCUCAAAACUCAGAAGACUCCUCCAGGUAAACAGGAAGAACCAUGGGAAAGAGGGCACAGAGGUAAGAUUAGUUAAGGCUUAUAUGUGCCAUCUAGGUUGAUUACCUGGGAAGUUGUAGUUUUGAUGAAGGAACAGGAGAGAACCCCAUUUCACUGUUAGAUGAGGAGUAAGUAGAAAUACGGAGUACAGAUAGUAAAUAGACCACACUUGCAAGAAAGAAAAGUAGAAGUAGCAAAGCCUGAAACUAGGCCUGGAAAGCCAUUCCUUGCAGAGAGAACAGCUUCUGGAAAGACCAGGAGGUAUAGAAGUGCACAUAUAAGGAAUUUUAAAUAGUUUGAUAUGAAAACUAAAUUUUUAAAAAUAUUUGAUUCAUUUCAUUUUUUGUUCCUUUGUCUUUUAAAACUGAUCAGUGUAUAGUUCUCUUUGGGGGAAUUGGGGAGGGAGAAGUAACCUUCUAUUUAGUUGUAUGUAUAUGUGUCCCUUAGCUAACUUUAAAAAAAAAAAAAUACCGAGACUUUCACAUGAAGUAGACUUUGAGACUGCUCAAGCUCUUGAAAUGGGAAAUUAGGCAGUAAUAUUCUUCUUAAUAUUGUAAUGUGUUCCCAUUCUCUACCUGUCAUAAAAUUUGUAUGAAAGCUCCUUUUCCUUCAUUUGCUUAUUUUAGGAGGCAGCAGAAAAUGUCCACUGAACGGACUUCUUGGACAAGUUUGUCCACUAUUCAGAAAAUAGCACUGGGCCUCGGGAUCCCAGCCAGUGCAGUGGUUGCCUAUAUCCUAUACCGCAGAUAUAGGGAAAGCAGAGAAGAGCGACUGACAUUUGUUGGGGAGGAUGACAUCGAGAUAGAGAUGCGAGUCCCCCAGGAGGCUGUGAAGCUCAUCAUUGGCCGGCAAGGAGCCAAUAUUAAACAGCUACGAAAACAGACAGGUGCUCGGAUCGAUGUGGACACGGAGGAUGUAGGAGAUGAGCGGGUGCUGCUUAUCAGUGGUUUUCCUGUUCAGGUGUGCAAGGCCAAAGCAGCAAUUCAUCAGAUCCUGACUGAGAGUACCCCAGUGUCUGAGCAGCUCUCAGUUCCCCAGAGAUCUGUGGGCAGAAUCAUAGGGAGAGGCGGCGAGACAAUUCGUUCUAUCUGUAAGGCCUCGGGAGCCAAAAUAAACUGUGACAAAGAAUCAGAGGGGACAUUGCUACUAUCAAGACUUAUAAAAAUCUCAGGAACACAGAAGGAGGUGGCAGCAGCUAAGCAUUUGAUACUGGAGAAAGUUUCAGAAGAUGAAGAACUUAGGAAGAGAAUUGCUCAUUCUGCAGAAACCAGAGUCCCACGGAAGCAGCCAAUCAGCGUAAGAAGAGAGGAAGUGACAGAGCCAGCUGGGGCUGGAAAGCCAGCCUUAUGGAAAAACACUGGCACUAGCUUGGAGCAGGCUGCACCUCUGGCAGUUCCUCCCCGCAGAGGAGGUGGCGACACGUCUGUUGUAGGACCAGAAGAGCGUUCCUGCAGGAAACCUAAUGAUGACAACCUUCAGAAGUUUGGAGCCCAGACCAGUCCAGAGACAUCCAUGUUUGAAAUCCCCAGUCCAGACUUCAGUUUCCAUGCUGAUGAAUUCCUAGAAGUCUAUGUCUCUGCCUCUGAACAUCCUAACCACUUCUGGAUCCAAAUCAUUGGCUCCCGCAGCCUGCAACUGGAUAAGCUUGUCAGGGAGAUGACCCAGCACUAUGAAAAUAGUCUGCCUGAAGACUUGACUGUGCAUGUAGGAGACAUUGUCGCAGCACCUUUACCUACAAAUGGUUCCUGGUAUCGAGCCCGAGUCCUUGGCACCUUGGAGAAUGGGAACCUGGACCUCUACUUCGUUGACUUUGGAGAUAAUGGAUAUUGUCCACUGAGGGACCUCAGGGUGCUCAGGAGUGACUUCCUAAGCCUUCCAUUUCAAGCAAUAGAGUGUAGUCUGGCACGGAUAGCCCCCUCAGGUGAACAAUGGGAAGAGGAAGCUUUGGAUGAGUUUGACAGACUCACUCACUGUGCUGGGUGGAAGCCCCUGGUGGCCAAGAUCUCUAGCUACGUCCAGUCUGGGAUCUCAACUUGGCCCAAGAUCCACUUAUACGACACUAGCAAUGGGAAGAAACUUGAUAUUGGGUUAGAAUUAGUUCGUAAAGGAUACGCAAUUGAGCUUCCUGAAGACAUGGAAGAAAACAGAGCUGUCCCAGUAACGUCGCCCAAUGUGGCCACAGAAACAGAUGUCUCUCUCUGCAGCACGGUCACUGAGACCAAGAAGAGUCCUGGAGAGAUGGCGCAUACCCUGUCCUGCCUCAGUUUAUUAGAAGCUGCCUCUGUGUCUGGUGAUGAUAACCUUGAAGAUGACUACUUAGUCUGAAGUCACCUUCAGUUGCCUCAGCCAUCCACUUUGCGGAUUUGGCAUAAGAUUUGGUGCCUGGAGAGAGGAGCCUGUGAUAGAGAUCAGUGCAGUUCUUCCUUCAUUAUAUACACGAUCUGGCUUGCUGUGGACCAAAUGCAUUUGCUCCUUCCACUGGACUACCGGAAAGUGUGAGAGGUGGAGGGAGACAAACACAUGCCCCUACUCCCCUGCCACCCCUGUGCCACUUCCAGUGUUUGAGUCCUGCUGUGCUACUCAGUGUGCAUCUAGCUCCCCUCGACCACUCACAAAGCACACUACUGCUAGGCUGUGUCCUUUGGAGGCUGGGAAACAGCCAGGGUUUGGUUAUUGGAAAUGAUGAUUCUGCAGACUCCUGACUCACCUCAUCAGGUGACUGGUUAAGGAGAGUUUUUUAAGUGGUGAACUCAAAGACUGCAGUUGAGUCGGGAGGCAAAGGCAAAACUCAGCCUAAUUGUAUUGAAAAGCCUCGGGAAGUGGGAAGAGGAUACGCCUCCCAGCCUCAACUGCUGAUAUGUUAUUGGAGACAAGGUUUUUGAAACAGUGCUCCAACUAUUUCCCAGUAAACUUUGGUUAAAAUACAAGUAGACAAGGAGAGAGGUGACUCAGGAAAUAUUCUAAAUUGCUGGUAUAGUAUCUAUAAUAUAUAUGUAUACACACGCAGCCAUGGAGCUCAUGUAGCUGUUCAAAUCAUUUGGGGUUCCUUUGCUGAAUAAAGUUCUCAAGAAA